AUGAAUGAGGCGACGACGUUGUUGGAGAGUGACUGCAACGACCGAACAGCGCUAAGCAAGGUUAUCGACAAGCUUAUCGCAAGCCGUGACGAGCUUCGGAAGAUCAAUGCCGAGCUCGACGAAGUGAUUCCGGUAGAGGAACUUGAGAGAGAGUACGAGUCUGCGGCGAAUUAUGACGACCAGGCACUCGAGACUCUGACGCGCCUACGGUGCCGGCUUGAAGAUCUCAGCCUCGGUAACACGCGACAGACUUCUUCUUCGACGACGCUCAACACGCCGCCUGCCCCAACGCCAGCUGCAUCCCAGAGCUUCGGACCUCGUCUUCCAACGCUAACUAUCAAGCCGUUUCAUGGGGACUUGUGUCAAUGGACGUCGUUUUUGGAGAGAUUCAACGGAGCCGUCCACACGAAUCCAACUCUGAGCACGACGGAUAAAUUUCAUUACCUACACAACUAUUUGGUAGGUGAAGCAGCAGCUGCAAUUGCCGGACUACCAACCACGGAAGCGUGUUAUGAAAGUGCUAUCCAGCUGCUGAAGCAGAGGUUCGGGGACAAGAGCAGGAUCGUACAGCAGCACUUCAGAGCGCUUCGUGAACUGCAGCCCGUGACCUCUCCAUCGGAUACAAGGGAGUUGCGAAUGCUUUACGACGCAGUCCAGCUUAAUGUCCGCUGCCUCAACGUCCUAGACGUCCCAACUAGCAGUUCUUCGGCGAUGCUCUACUACGUUAUGCUUCAAUCCUUGCCACAAGAAAUCAUCGUGGCGUUCUACCGCCAUAGACGUCUCCAGGAUGAAGCACAAGGCACGGGACGCGCUGCUUCAGGAGAGGCAACGACAACGUCCUGCGAAAACCUUGAGCAGCUCUUGCGGUACCUUGGUGGCAUACGCCAAGACGAUGGCAGUAGACAAGAACCCAAGCGACACCGAGGAGCCCGAUCGAAGGUUCUGGCGGCCUGCUUCGAAAUUGCCAUUUUUAAGCAAAAAUGGAGCUCUCUCCUCUGA